AAACCGACGGGCAGUGAAUUAACAGACGACCAAGGGGCUCGUUUGUUAUUGUCUGUCUGAGACACUAAACGUGUCCAAUUUGGCUUUGAUUCUUUGUCCGCCGGAUUACCCACCACACUCCUCCCCCUGACAUUCUGGUCAUCGGUGAGAAGAGAGAGGAUCCUGAAAGGGAAAGGUUAUGCAUUUUGUCAUCUUGAAAUAAACCUCAAGAAGGUUGGGAUCGGUAAAAUCAGACAAAGAUGACCAAAACUGAGGAACUUCCCGAUAGCCAUUCUUCUGGAGAAUUUUAUGAGAAAUAUGAACCGAAGGAGAUAUUGGGAAGAGGGGUAAGCAGUGUGGUUCGCCGGUGCAUCCAUAAGGUUACCAGGCAAGAAUUUGCUGUGAAAAUUAUCGACAUCACCGCUGGGAAUUUGUCCCCGGAAGAAAUUCAUGAAUUGCGAGAAGCCACUCUGAAGGAAAUAGACAUCCUCCGGAAAGUGUCUGGACAUCCCAAUGUCAUUCAGCUGAAGGACAGCUUUGAAUCUCACACCUUCUUCUUCUUGGUGUUUGACCUAAUGAAGAGAGGGGAACUCUUUGAUUACCUCACAGAGAAAGUGACCUUGAGUGAGAAAGAAACCAGAAAGAUCAUGCGUGCCCUCCUGGAAGUCAUCCAGUACCUUCAUUCCAUGGACAUCGUUCAUCGAGACCUGAAGCCGGAAAACAUCCUCCUGGAUGAUGACAUGAACAUCAAGCUGACUGACUUUGGCUUCUCGUGUCAGCUGCAGAGAGGGGAAAAACUCAAAGAGAUCUGUGGAACUCCUGGCUACUUGGCACCUGAAAUAUUAGAAUGUUCCAUGGAUCCAGACCAUCCAGGCUACGGGAAGGAAACUGACAUGUGGAGCACAGGAGUCAUCAUGUAUACGUUGCUGGCCGGAUCGCCCCCAUUCUGGCACCGGAAACAGAUGCUGAUGCUGCGGAUGAUCAUGAGUGGAGAUUACAAGUUCGGCUCCCCGGAGUGGGACGACCAGUCAGAUACCGUCAAAGACCUGGUAGGUGACACUGAAGUCAUCCAGCCAGACCGUCGAUACACUGUGGAGGAUGCUCUCGCCCACCCCUUCUUCCAACAAUAUGUAGUGGAGGAAGUCCGACACUUCAGCCCGUUCCGGAAAUUUCGGGUUAUCUGCUUGACGGUCUUAGCAUCGGUCCGAAUCUACCUCAAUUAUCGUAAUGUCAAGCCAGUCACCACAGAGGUGAUGCAGCGUGACCCCUACGGCUUGAAACCUGUCCGCAAGCUGAUCGACGCCUGUGCCUUCCGGAUCUACGGCCACUGGGUGAAGAAGGGAGAAGCGCAGAACAGGGCGGCCCUGUUUGAAAACACACCCAAAGCCAUCCUGCUUAGCUUGGCCGCCGAGGAAGAGUUCUUUUGAGUUUGAAUGCAGUGACAACAUAGGACUCCGAAUGUGUUAUCAGCUAAGGCAAAAAAAAAGCGAUAUGCACUUUCUCCGUUAAGCACCCCAAUACUUAGGAGAAUGAGCCAGAUUGCCGAAGCCUUUCUCCGAUGGUUAAAAUGUUUUAUUUAGUUUCAGUCUCUAUCCCAUGUUGUUCUAAUGUCUUGGGGUUAAGUCACAGCAAACUGGCAUAUAUUCCCCUACCCUGCUAGUCAAAUGAAUUAAUAUUAAAAUGCUAUUUGCAAUUAUCCCCUAAUUGGUUUAACCCCCGUUUUUGAAACCCAGCUCCAGAAGUUCAACAGGCACUGCUUUCCCCAUUAAAUGUUGUAAGAUGGACACAUCCAAUGGGUAAACACCAAUCAGCUGUUCACCAAGUCUGCAGCUCUUAAGAAAAGAGUCUGCUAGCCCCCACCCCCAAUUCAUAGUUGCAUUAUAGCUCUCAGGUAACAAAAUGCCACCUACCCUGCUUCGCACGAGUCCCUGCCAUAUUUAGUGCAGAAAAGAUAUGGGCUAGCGUUAGCUCCAAAAGGCCAAUAUGUUCGAAAUAUUUAUUACUAUUUAUUACUACAGUGCCUUGGGAAAGGGAAAUGCAUGUUUUCUAAACAUGUACCGAAACAUCAAUAAAUGGGCUUUGUUUAUUGGAUAUGAUUUGGUCUUGAUGAGCAACACGGUUUUGCUGCUGAAAGAGCACCCACGCACAUGAACCUGCCGUAUACUGAAUCGGUCCACCAAUGCUAGUAUUGUCUGCUCAGAGUAGC